AUGAUAGAAUCAUUACUCAAGCCGCUGGUAAAAUCGGAAGUGAAGGACCUUUGGAUCGUGAUCAGACAAGACGUUACAUGCCCAAAUCAUCACAAACACUAUGAGCCGAAGGUGUCACGUAAGCAUUUUGAAAAUGCAUUUGAAGCUGUUUUGAAAACUGUGGCGCAAUGCGGUCACUUGAAGAAGUUACGUUUAGUCUCAGUUCCAAACGCAAUCGUGAAUAUAACAGACUUUGGCGAGCCAACAAAAUGGCCUUUCGCUGCUGUUCGACUUCAAAAGCUCGCAAUGCAUAACAUUAGAUAUGGUUCUCUAUUCCCGUGCGAAGAGCUCUAUCAAACUAUCUCAGAAGCUGAGGAGAUCGAAUUAUGCUUUACCCAUUCGCAUUGCUGGAAUCAUAAAAAGAAAGAUGUUUGGCCUUUUAUCAGCACUGCAAACGCAACUUUGAAGAAAUGCCGCGCUCAUUACUUUACGGACAGUCCGGGCAAGACUCCAUCUUUGCCUAUUACAUACAAGUUUCCACAAUUGGAACAGCUAUUCUUGUUAGCAGAAGACACAUUACCCGUACCAUCGAACCACCCGGGGAUUACCAAGCAAUGCUUCGAAUGUCCUAAGUUGAACGUCCUAUACGCUAAUUUUCGCAAUUCAGCACGAAUGACAGAGCAGCUACUCUACAACGGUAUCGAGGAAUUGUGUAUUGACAAUUUUCCGAAGGACGCUGAGGAUCGUAGGAGAAUUUUUGAAAAGCUAGAGAAAUACACAAAAGUGAAGAAGUUGAUCCUCAAUCGUAUUCUACAAGUUGCUGAUAUCAAAGAAAUGUGUAUCCGAUUACGCAAGGCUCCUUUAGAGGAGGUACGGAUGGAUAUGCUAGAGGAAGAAGCUAUGAUCGAAGUGAAGAAAUUGGUAAAAGAACGAAUUAGUGUUGGACAUUACACUAAAAUUCAAAAAGCAACAAUUUCGACUUCUAAACGUCAUUCGGUAAAGGCAGAAGAAAUAGAAUGGUUUGAAAAACAUACUUCAGACUUCAGAUCCUGCAAUCACUAUGAUCGCAUCGUUCGAGGAGAAACAAUAUUCCAACAAACAGGGCUGCAUUAUUUUGAAGUGUCGUCGGAAAUACGUAUGAUUGAUUGGCAUACGAUUUGA